UGCAUGUAGCUAUCUGCUCAGAACUACACGGAUCAAAUUGUUGCUAACAUAUUUACAAUUUUCAAAACAUUAUUAGCAUAUUACUUAGACACGAAGUUGAAAUCUUCUGCGGAAGUCAACCGAUCUCUGUUUAGUUUUCGCAAACGUUUGAAAAUGUUGAGCAGUGUUUCUCUCCGGGCUCAGAUCGCUUCCAUCAUAGAGGUACUUUCUAAAGCUGCGGUUUCAGAAAUUAGCAAAGUAGUCGACGAUGGCAUAGUUGUGUUACGUGUGGAAAUGUGUCGACGGGAAAAUGAAAUCAACGUCCUGAAAAAUAAUGUACAACAACUUGACAGCGAGCUUCGAAGAGCUCGAGGGAUUCAACCUCGAAAACGCAUCCAUCAUGGUCAAUCAGUCGCUGCUGAGAAUCUCGGGAGAAAAGGGCCUGGUAAAAAUGGUACCACUUGUGUGAGGAGGACCUCAGUUGAGAAACUGCAGCCUGAGGGAGACUGCAAUGGAAAAGAUGAAGGCGUUGGACCUGCGGAUGAGACUCUGGUCAAGAUUGAGCCGGCAGGGGAGGUUGAACAGGAAGAGCAGACUACAAGGAGAAAAGACGAGGAUCGUCUUGAUUCUGAACUGUCAACGUACGAGAGAGACAGCCAGCCGUGGAUGCCCGGUACACAAGACGACAAUGAUAUGGAGACAAACUCACUGUGUCUCCCUGAUCACUCUCCUGAACCUUCCGGAAUGACGGCAGCUUCAUGCAGCAGUGUUUCAUUUCCAGGGAAACCAUAUUUGGAGUCAAACGUCAGAGAGGAUAUGAUUUUACAACUCCGACAGCAACAACGUUAUAGGCAGUCAGAAGCGCUCAGGAGAACAAGCGACGGCACGGUAAAGUCAAACCCUCAAAGUGAAUUCGGUUUUGGCCCGAAUUACAAUACGGCAAGGAGAGCGAGGACCAAGAGAUUUUUCCAGGUUAAUAAACACUUCAUUUGCACACUGUGUGGAAAGAGUUUUGAACGUUACAGCCAUCUGGAAAGACAUCUACGAAUUCAUACGGGUGAGAAACCGUAUAGUUGUGACAUAUGUGGAAGGUGUUUCAACCAGAAGGGUAGCCUCAAAGGACAUCUGAAGACUCACAGAGUAUCGAUGGACGGACUAGCUAACAACGAAAGAAGCCUCUCCUGGAUAGACGUCAGUCUGAGGAAGAGCGUUGCAACGGAAAGUACGAAGUGUUCCAAACUGUUCCUCAGAUGCCCAUGAAGUCUGAGCCAGAGGAGGAGAAGGAUGCAUUCCAGACACUAGAUCAUAAAGCAGGAGAACAGACUGCAGGGAGAGUAGAAGAGCAACUGGAUGAUGACUUGUCAACGUACGAGAGAGACGGCCAGCCAUGGAUGUCCAGUUCACAAGCAGACAACGAUAUGGAGACGAGCAAUUCAGAAUAUUUCAUCAGUUCAGGUCAGAACUCCCAGUGUCUCACUGAUCACUCUCCUGUACUUCCUGUCCCAGGAAGGGUGGAGGCGUCAUGUAGCAGUGCUUCAUCUCCAGGGAAACCAUAUGUAGAUGUCAGCGAGGAUAUGAUUGUACAGCUCAGACAGCAACAUUAUGGACCUUCAGACACACUCUUGAUAGCAAGUGACGGUACAGUACAGCCAAACUCGCAGGUCACGGACGGGGCUUCUCUGAACCAUCCUCCCAUCUUCUCCAGUUUUCCGGAAAGGAAGGUGAAAACCUUCCAAGGAGUCACCAAGGACAAGAAGUGCUUCAUCUGCUCAUUCUGUGGGAAGGUUUUUGAGCGUGUUGGUCAUCUGGAAAGGCACCAGCGAAUUCAUACGGGUGAGAAACCGUAUAGUUGUGACAUAUGUGGAAGGUGUUUCAACCAGAAGGGUAGCCUCAAAGGACAUCUGAAGACUCACAGAGACGGCGCUGACAUGCUAACGGGUCUACCUCCGCUAGAUGAUAAAAAGCCUGAAGUUUAUCCUAGACCCUCGGAGAACCCAGGGGAACCGAGGGAUCAGCCCUCAUCUGCUGAAGCACAGCCUAGCUCCGGGCACAGUGAGGAGGAGGAGGGCAGGGGGCAGGGGUUGGUGGGGGGAGCAGAGAAAGAGAAGCAGUUUGAAUCCCAGAUAAUCAGUCAGUCAGGACCUCAACACCAACAAAGCACAGAGCGACCAGGUUACCAGGACGACCCAGAGUAUGUCAUGGAUGAGAGGGAGAGUCAGCUGUGUAGAUCUUUCACAGAGAGGCACAGUGAUGAGAGGGAGAGUCAGCUGUGUAGAUCUUUCACAGAGAGGCACAGUGAUGAGAGGGAGAGUCAGCUGUGUAGAUCUUUCACAGAGACAGUGAUGAGAGGGAGAGUCACAGUCUUUCACAGAUGA